UACGCCCUACGCUUGUUCACUUCGUAACUUACUCUCUCACUGUGCCCACCACCUCCCUCGUGGCUCCCUCUGCGAGAAACCCUAAUUGAAUCAGUCACACCUCACAAGACAAGCAAAGAGGAAGCAAAUUUCAUACCAUUCGGAUUGGAUUCGCGCCACUUCUUCAGCUCCUCACCAUAACAAAGCAAGCUUUUGGACUUCACCGUAUCCAUGUCUGCUGCAUCAGGUUAUUUUCUAAUUAGAUGCAUUGUUCUGGGUGAUGUUUUGUAACAUUCUAAAAGCAAGUAGAUGCUAUUAUCUGUCUAGAGAGGCCUUCCGUCUUCCCUCUGUGAUCAUUGGUAGUGUUUCUUAUUCAGGAAUCUUCACUACCAUGAGAGAAGUCAAGGUUAAAGGUGCGUCUGGUUCUUGUUCUCUGGAUUCUGGUGAAGAAUCUCAGAUCCUACAAUCUGAAUCGGCUAGUGACAGCCAUAGACAGGCAUCCUUAAAUGUGCAGUUCACUCCUGAAAUAGAAAAGAAGUAUGUCCAUCAUGUUUAUGAUGCUAUCGCACCUCAUUUUAGUUCAACCCGGUUUGCUAAGUGGCCAAAAGUAGCCAAUUUUCUAUCUUCCUUACCUUCAGGAUCUCUUGUUCUUGAUGCGGGAUGUGGGAAUGGGAAGUACUUGGGAUUUAAUCCUGAUUGUUUUUUCAUUGGAUGUGAUAUAAGUGCUCCUCUUAUCAAAAUUUGUGCAGAUAGAGGGCAUGAAGUGUUGGUUGCAGAUGCCGUAGACCUUCCAUAUAGAACUGGUUUUGGUGAUGCAGCUAUAUCCAUAGCUGUAUUACAUCAUCUCAGUACGGAGGGUAGGAGGAAGAAAGCAAUUGAAGAGUUGAUCCGAGUUGUGAGAAAGGGUGGCUUAGUUCUAAUAACAGUUUGGGCUGUAGAACAAGAAGAUAAAUCAUUAGUUGCAAAAUGGACUCCACUUACCGAAAAGUAUGGAGAAGAGUGGAUAGGACCUGGUAGUCCUCAUGUUCGUAGUCCUUCAUCUCGCACAUUGCAAAGCAUCCCAGAAACAGAGGAGAGUAGUUUGGGAGAGUGUAAGAAAGAGUCCGACCAGAGUGCUACACAGAGUUUGCAAGAAAAAACCUCUCAAAGUGAGAGUUAUUUGGGGACUUCUUGUGAUGUGAAAGAUGCAAAUGAUCAACAAGAAUAUUUUGUCCCCUGGCACUUGCCAUAUCACCGUGCUGAAGUAAGUGGUGCUUCUGCUUGCGCUCUUGCAAAUGGCCUUGCAAAGAAAGAUGAUAAAAAGGGUGCUGUUGUGUACAACAGAUAUUACCAUGUUUUCAUUGAAGGCGAGCUUGAAAGAUUAGUAGCUGGGAUGAAAGACGCUGUAAUUGUUGAUCGAUUUUUCGACAAAUCCAACUGGUGCAUUGUCCUCAAGAAAACGUUAUGAUAACCUGGACCAAUUAAUCCUUGCGGGUUAAGGUUUGCCAGUGAGUGUGCAGCCUGGAACAGCCAAGGAGAAGAUGCACUACUCUGAGCUCCUGAAAAUUCGUUAGUUUCGAAUGUGCCAUAGAAAAAAACUGGUUUGUGACUCUUAAGGAAUUGUUUUUGAUUAAUGCCUUUAUUGGAGGUGGUUGACGCUGCAGUUUGCAGCAAGCUUAAGCUGUGGAUGUUGUUUUCUGCACAUGGAAAGAAGAAUCCAACGUUACCUUUAUUUGUUAUUUCUAGUUUCUCAUUAAAUGC